AUGUUGAUGCAGUGCUUCAUUUUGGCAUUUGCCCUAAACAUAGCCAUCAGUUCGUUCGCUUCGGCAGCAAAUCUGAGAACAAGCAGCAACCUCAAGACGGAUGGUCGACGCUAUCAGGAACAGGAUACUGCCAGAGCCUUCUAUUCGUAUGGCUAUAGUGAUGCCAAUGCCGCUAGGGCGGAAUAUACAAUACAAGAUGGUUCGUCCAGGGGUUUCUAUUCCUAUGUGGAUGCCAAUGGUAAAUUGCAGACAGUUCAAUAUGAAGCUGGUGGCAGUCAGGGUUUCAAGGCAGAGGCUAGUAAUUUGCCCAAGGCUCCAGUGGAUGAUGGCAAAGCCCCACAGCCAGUAACUGAAACGGAGGAAGUGCAGCAGGCUCGUCUUAAUCAUCUGAAAGCCCUCAGAGAAGCGGCUCAACGUGAAGUCGAAGAAGAGGCAAUAGCCGCCAGUUUAAGGGAGGAGAAAGCCAAGCAGGAAAAGGAGCAGAAGGCACUUGAUGAGCAGCAGCAACAGCAGGACCACAGGGAGGAGGGUCUUAGCGAGGAAGAUGCCGCCAUUUUGGAGAGAGUUCGUGCCGAACUCACCGCCAUGUUAGCCGAUCGUCAGAAUCUACGCAAAGAGGAACAGAAACUCAAUGCAGAGGAGAGUAAAAGUGAGAGAAACGAGAACGACGACGACCGUCGCAGGACUAACGACAAUGAUGAAACUCGCACUGAUAGUAAUGAUCAGAAAAUUGAGGAUCAGUCUGCCAAGCAAAUCAAAGGCCGACAGGACGCUUCAGCCGAUGAAGAUCCACGUCUUCGCACUGUCUAUACUCUUGCAGAUCUCAGUUCUACAAGCUAUUUGAAGCUAGGCGAACUCGAAGAUCGUCUCGAACGUCUGGAUCGCUUAAAUCGCGAUGAUCUUCGUGUCCCCAUCAGUGCCUACUACACUUUGGUAUCGCCAACCACUAGAUAUAGUGUUACCACUCCCACCGAGCUAAGAACCCUGCGUCCCGUGGCUCUCAGCCGUAGUUUGCUGCUCAGCAAAAGGAACUGAGAUACAAACGAGAUGAAUUGGUAAACAUGACCUGAUUGAUUAUCCAACUUAAUGUUAAAAAUAACACAUUUUGUUUAAGAAUA